AUGUUACUCAGUUCUCAGGAUAUGGCACAAACAUUGGAAUCCGAAAUACCCUAUAAAGAUAUGAGAAACGAUGGGAAUACUUUGGCUCUUCGUUCAACCGUUACUUUCUCUGAAGAUGAUCUCAAUGAACAAGCCAAGAAACAGUUCAAAUUUCACGAUGAGAUUUUGUGUACGUUUCAAUUGUACGCCAAUCAUGUACUUGCCAACGACCGACUGUCACCAAUGGGACGCCAUCUCGUAUGCACAAUACUCGAACGAAAUUACAAGAACUCGAAGCUUGUACUCAACUACAUGGCCUCUCAUCCGGAAGUCAAAAUGGCAAAUAAUCCGUUGCCACAUCCACUCGUUGUAUGCGGUAUGCCUCGCACUGGUUCAACGCUUCUCUACAAUUUGCUCGCUUGUGAUCCAGCAUGCCGAGCUUUGUUGUACGCAGAAAUGGCCCAACCCGUGCCACCACUUGCACGUUCAGACACUACUGGGCAGAUGCAACGCAACAAUUCUCUACAGGGAUUCCGUGAGAUGUUCAUUACGUUGGGCUUGAAUGGUCAUCUACGAAAUAUGCGUGCUUCUCAUCCUCAAUUACCUUAUGAAGAAGAUUUAUACUUUCUUUAUCAUACUGGAUAUAACUGGCUUCAUACUAUGCUUGCAUCUCAUGAUGAUAAUGAACUGUUGAUGUGGUUAGAAAAUGAUAUAAACAAGAAGUUUAUCUAUGAGUAUCACAAGAUUUUCAUACAAAUGUUAAACAGUAUCGAUGCUCCCAGUUCUCAUUGGCUCUUUAAAACACCAUAUCAUACUUUGUACCUUGAUGAAUUUAUGCACCACUAUCCUUCAGCUAUGCUUAUCAUGACCCAUCGCCGACUUGAUGACGCCCUAGCAUCAAUGAGUCGUUCAGCGUCUGUGUAUGCUGCUCCCUAUUUCGAUAAUAACAAAGCCGAUACAGCAAUCGACAUCCAGACAGUAGUGAAACGUAUUUUACAUUUGUUGGAUACUCUAAUACAUCGUCUUGUUAAAUUUCGACGUAAUCAUCCAUAUAUUCCUUGUUUUGAUGUACAAUAUGAUGAUUUACUUGCACACCCAAUUAAUACGGUCCGUCGCAUUUACAAUCACUUUAAUCUUUCAUGGUCAGAAGAAUUUGAAACCACUAUGUCUGCAUGGCUACGCGAUAAUCCUCAAGGCAAGCAAGGUCGCAAUUCCUAUACGCUCGACAAUUGUGAAAUGACUUUGGAUGACAUUGAACUGCGUUAUAAUGAAUACAUUAGUAUGUUUCUUGGCUCACAGCAUUCUCUCAACAUAGGUUGUAGCAUGACAAAAAGUGCAGACUCAAUGAUCCAUUCACUGGAAUCGCCAUCAGAGAAGUAG